AUGGCGAAAGCGAAGGCGGACGAAUAUACCCCAGCAAUCAUGCAACUACUUGGCAUCAAAUUCUGUAUUUUUUCGUUCACAUCCCCUGCAACCAAAGCCUACAUGAACGCCACCGAGUUUGUCGAGCAGGCAUCACCACCUCCCCAGCCGCGCAUGAACCUCAACGACUGGGCCCCUGAUGGAUCAUUCCGUCGGGAGCUGCCACCGAAUGGUCCGGGCAACACAGCUCCAACCGGCGGGCAAACGACCAAACAAUCAAAGAAGCGCCGAAUCAACGAGCCUCAGUCCUCGCGUGAUGGACCGGAGCCAAGCGCAGAAGACACUGAAGUUGACAAGCCACUGAUGAACAACGAAGAUUUUGCUUUGUUUCUUCAAUCAUUGGCAAAGAAACCCAUCUGCCCGGUAAUCCCCACUCCGGUUCCCAGCAGUGGACCGCUUUUGAACCCCAACAAAGUACUCCGGCACCUCACAAAUAUGUCUGCUUCCGCCCUCGACGCCUUGCAGCAAACAAUUGAUUUACUCAAAUUCAUUGAGAACCGGCGGAUGAUCGCCAAAAAAACCUCUCCGGAGUGGAUGUGGACAUUCAGGAGGGCCUCCGAAAGUAUCCAACAGUCCGUUGUUGUACGAUGCCCGAAGGCGCCAAAGUCAAGAGAAGUUGACAUGCCCGGAAUAUCGGUUGUCCAGUCCCUACCACGAGAAGAAGUCGACAUCAUCAUCGACCGGCUACAACAAGCGGGUUUCAACGCUCUAAAGGCGGCACAAGGCUUCAUUACCCACAAGGAUCAUAAAGCAGACUUCUUGGCGAACCCAGAGGUCACGGAGAUGGAGUCAUUGAGGGGCAACGUUGGCCCUGAUGCUGCGGCAUGGCCAGCGCUGCGGGCCCUUGCUGAGGCUGCCCAGCCGGGCCCGCGGGCCCCACGGCCCCGGGCCGCUGGGCCGAGGGGCCCGGCUGGGCAGCCUCAGCAAGGGCCCCUGGGCCAGCCCUCGCUCAAUCUCAGAGUCCACAUGGACCGCCUGGCUGCCGAGCGCAAUCGACAUGAAAAACGGGAGAAUCAGUUUGGUGGACACCAUGUUGUCGAAUGGUGGUACUUGUAG